AUGGCGAGGUUCAGCUGGGGAUACGGCGAGCACAAUGGUCCUAUUCAUUGGAGUGAAUUUUUCCCUAUUGCUGAUGGAAAUCAACAAUCUCCAAUUGAGAUUAAAACCAAAGAAGUGCAAUAUGAUUCUUCCCUCCGACCUCUUAGUAUCAAGUAUGACACAAGCUCAGCUAAAAUCAUCAGUAAUAGUGGCCAUUCCUUCAAUGUUGACUUUGAUGACACAGAGGACAAAUCAGUUCUGCGUGGGGGUCCUCUCACCGGAAGCUACAGGUUACGACAGUUUCACCUUCACUGGGGGUCCACCGAUGAUCACGGCUCUGAACACGUGGUGGACGGCAUGGGAUAUGCUGCAGAGCUCCACGUUGUUCACUGGAAUUCAGACAAAUACCCCAGCUUUGUUGAGGCAGCUCAUGAGCCAGAUGGACUAGCUGUCUUGGGUGUAUUUUUACAGAUUGGUGAGCAUAAUCCCCAACUGCAAAAGAUUACUGACAUUUUGGAUUCCAUUAAAGAAAAGGGUAAACAAACUCGAUUCACAAAUUUUGACCCAUUAUCUCUGCUUCCUCCACGCUGGGAUUAUUGGACGUAUCCUGGUUCCCUUACAGUCCCACCUCUUCUAGAGAGCGUCACAUGGAUCAUUUUAAAACAACCUAUAAACAUCAGCUCUCAACAGCUGGCCACAUUCCGCACCCUCUUGUGUACAGGGGAGGGCAAAGCAGAGGCUUUUUUGUUGAGCAAUCACCGUCCACCACAGCCUCUGAAGGGCCGAAAAGUGAGAGCCUCUUUCCAUUAA